CAACAUUUGACGACUUCGACAAGGGGACAAGUCCCAAGUCUAAACAUGCAAGGCGAGCCCUCGAGGGACAAGGACCUCUCGUUUGCAAGGCUCAGCGACCUAAACUUGCACUUGACUUUCAAAGUUGUCUCGCUAGAGGGCAAGAUCCACAAGCGCAAGUAUUCAACACUUCUAGAGAAUGAAGAACUUCAGCGCUCAGGAUUUGAGAGAGAUGGUUUGGCCGACCUCGUCGUCACUUGCCGGCUAUGGGCGGAAGGACAGGCAUUGACGCUUCCAACCCGCACUUCCUGGAAGGACUUCAGUCGGACUUAUAUCUGGAAUCAGAACAUCAUCCUGCCUAUCACCUAUUCCAGCCUCCUCCCCACUGCCCAGCUGGUGUUCAGCAUUUGGGACGUCCAAGGCGCCGGCAAGCCCGUUGCUGUUGGAGGCACUACGAUGAACUUGUUCAGUUCAGAUAGGACUCUGCGGCGUGGCCAGCAGAGGCUGUUCGUUCACCGUGACGUUGAAGGUGACCCUGGAGCCGAAACGACGACACCUAGCGAGGUUCACCUGGAGGAGGACGAGAUGGGACGCUUGGAGCACUUGGUCAAGGAAUACGAGCGAGGAGACGUCCCAAAGAUUGAUUGGCUCGACCGCCUCGCUUUCCGACAGAUUGAACGAGCACAUGCUGCAGAAGCGAGCAAGUCGGACAACCUAUACCUAUACAUUGAUCUGCCGCGCUUCGACUUUCCUGUCGUCUACUCGGAGAAGGAAAGCCCAAUUCCUUACCCCCCAGCCCCUGUGUCUCACCAACCUCAAGCGCACCCGCAUACUCAUCUGCUUCCUGCCGACUCGUUAGGUUCUGAUAAGCACCUUUGGCGAUUGUACGACCCAGAUUCCUGGAGAGAUAACCCGGUUGAGAUCAAGCACCGCAAGCUCCUUCGUAGUCAAAGAUUGGGCGAUGAGGGGAGGGACCUCAAACCUGGACCGUCGGACCGCGACAGGCUCAACGAAAUAUUCAGCAUGCCUCCAACAACAGAGCUCUCUUCCAAUGACAAGGAUCUGCUGUGGAAGUUCCGAUUCUCCCUCUUCCGAUCCCCGCGGUCGUUGACCAAGUUCCUCAAGUGCGUCACCUGGUCUGAUCCAGUGGAAGCAACCCAGGCGACUGAGAAGCUCCUGCCCCUUUGGGGGCAAGAGGUUGGCAUGGACGAUGCCCUGGAACUCUUGGGUCCAGGAUUCACGGAUCGUCGGGUCCGCGCAUUCGCCGUGCAAAGGCUGCAGCGGGCGGACGACGAUGAAAUCCUGCUUUAUCUGUUGCAGCUCGUUCAGGCUCUCAGGUUUGAGCAGGAUCCCACCCGACCAGCCAAAUCCCAUCGCCGUCGGGAUGCUGCCAGUCACGAAGAACAGGACAGCGGCCUGGCACAGUUUCUCAUUGACCGGGCAGCCGCGAACCCCAUCUUCGCCACCUACCUGCACUGGUACUUGACAAUCGAAUGUGACACACGGUCCACUGUGGGCAAGAUGUACACCAAGGUGGCGUUUAGGUUCAUGACCAAACUGCAAGAGACACCCGAGGGCAUUGCCCAGCGGGACGUGCUGCGGCGGCAAGGUGAACUUAUCGAAUGCCUGUCGGGCCGCGCCACCGACAUUCGAUCUUCCAAGGACACACGGUCCAAGAAGAUUGACAAGCUGCGGGCGUACAUUGCGGAUUCCAAGCACGGACUUAGCCCGAUUCCAGCGCCGCUGCCACUACCACUGAAUCCGCGAGUUACCGUAACCAACAUUGUUCCAGACAAGUCAUCCAUCUUCAAGUCCAAUCUCCUGCCAUUGCUCCUAUGGUUCGAGGACGACGAUCGGCUGGAUGAUGAGACGGACAGUCCAAGCGGCCAGUACCCUGUCAUUUUCAAGAAUGGAGACGACUUGCGACAGGACCAACUGGUCAUUCAGCUUUUCAACCUAAUGGACCGGCUUCUUCGCAAGGAAAACCUCGAUUUGCGGUUGAGCCCAUACGCAGUGCUUGCUACAUCGACCUCGGAGGGCAUGAUUCAAUACGUACCUAGCAAGAGCCUUUCUGCUAUCGUGGCGGAGUACAGCAAUCUCCAAACAUACCUGCGAGAGAGUCACGCAGAUGUUGGUGCUCUCGGGUCGUAUGGAAUCGAGGCGGGCGUCAUGGACACGUUCAUCCGUAGCUGUGCUGGGUAUUCCGUGCUCACCUACGUUCUUGGUGUCGGCGAUCGACACCUGGACAACCUCAUGUUGUCACCGGAUGGCCACUUCUUCCACGUCGACUUUGGAUAUAUCCUUGGCCGGGACCCGAAGCCUUACCCACCACCCGUCAAAGUGUGCAAGGAAAUGGUCGAGGCCAUGGGAGGCGUGGCAUCGGCUCACUAUGCUCGUUUCCAAAGUUUCUGCUACACGGCCUUCAGCAUUCUGCGCAAGAACUCGAACCUGAUUCUGAAUCUCAUUGCGCUGAUGGUUGAUGCUGGUAUCCAAGACAUUCAGCUGGAGCCUGACAAGGCGGUAUGGAAGGUUCAAGAGAAGUUUAUGCUUGAUUUGAGCGAGGAAGAUGCCAUCAAGCAGUUUGAGGUACUGCUAAGCGAGACCUCGUAUAUCACUGUCGUUUUCGACCGAAUCCACGACUGGGCUCAGUAUCUGAGGGACUAGAACUCGGCCCUACGUGUCAUAGCGGUGAUCAUACCCCUGCAUUAAUAUCAUUGCGC